AUGCUUGGGAUCAUGCAGCAGCAGCAGCAGCAGCAGCAGUAUAUGAUGCAUCAGAUGGGCAUGCUUAACCACAUGAUGAUGAUGGGAGCCAUCAUGAAUCCCAUGAUGGGCCAAAUGAUGCCUCCCACACCCACCGAUGGAACACUACUGGCUACCGCGAGCCCCUCAUCCUUGCCGGAUCCUGCUCUGGUAGCUAACAAGCUUAACAAGCUUGACGAGGAUGACGACGUGCCACCCGGUCCUUCAUCAAAUAUCAACCAUCCAAACUAUCGACCUCCUGAUGUUGAGCCAAUGCCAGGUGUGACCGACCGACGAUGGGAAGGCCGCAUCAAGAUGUGGUUUGAAGACAAAGGCUACGGCUUCAUCUCGAAUGAAGAGUUGAAGAAAAGAUUCAAGGAUCUGGAUGUCUUCUUGCACCAGAAUCAGAAGCGCCACUUCAGGAGAGGAGACCCUUGA